GCGCGUGCCCCGUGCUCAGCUCUCUUCUGAACAUCCGGGGACAUACAAGCCCCUGGCGGAUAGUGGACGACUGUGGCGGAGCCUUUACCAUGGGCGCCAUCGGCGGGGGCAUCUUCCAAGCGAUCAAAGGCUUCCGGAAUUCUCCGGUGGGAGUAAAUCACCGACUGCGAGGAAGCUUGACAGCAAUUAAAACUCGUGCACCACAGUUGGGAGGCAGCUUUGCAGUUUGGGGUGGCCUCUUCUCCAUGAUCGACUGCAGUAUGGUGAAGGUCAGGGGGAAGGAAGAUCCCUGGAACUCCAUCACAAGCGGUGCUUUAACGGGAGCCAUUUUGGCAGCGAGAAACGGACCCAUCGCCAUGGUCGGCUCAGCCGCGAUGGGCGGAAUCCUCCUGGCCUUAAUCGAAGGAGCUGGCAUCCUGUUAACAAGAUUCGCCUCUGCACAGUUCCCAAAUGGCCCCCAGUUUGCCGAGGACCCUUCCCAACUGCCUCCAGCCCAGCUGCCCAGUUCGCCAUUCGGAGACUACCGGCAGUACCAAUAAGACUCUUCCUCCUAAGGUUUCUCGUUAGAGUGUGACCUGUAGUUCUAGAAAGAUGCUGGAAGAACGGGUCCCCCAACACUUCCAAACCACGGGGUGGAUCAGGGGACCCAAACACGCUACAGAGAGAGAGAGAGAACACUCGGUACUUUUCCUCCAUCAAGAAACCUGAAAACAGUCUCCAUCAUAGAUAUAUUUAUUCCUACCUGGAUUGUGUUUGUUAUAAAAUUAAUGUAAAAUGUCCUAACAAAGAAAAUCUGUUGCAAGUGCAUAGGAUAUGAAGGACCAACAGGAGAGUUCAGUAAAGCUUGGUUUUACGUACUGAAA